AUGACAAUCCCGUUUUCAUUCGACUUACACAGUCCAGCAAAUAUUACCCUUCAACGGUUCGUUGAUAGUUCUACUUACUGUUAUGUUGGUGGUUCAUGUAACACUCAAGUGAAGAGCAUUGGGCUCACACUCGAUGACAUUUCGCGUUUGCAUGUUAAUCGAAAUACGACAGCUCAUGAUCAACCACUCAUUUCGUCAAGUUGGAUGUGA